AAAGAGGGUAGUCGAAACGACGGUUCGAAGUGUGUUUACGGAAAUUCAACAUCGUGGGCGAGGUACAUGCUGUGGAAAUCUUGGAGCAAAGCAUCUUUGGUAACUUUCCAGCCAGAACCAUACGGGGCCCAAAAUCGCCUUGAAGUAAAGACGAUAACCACAUGAUGAGCACAGCGUGAGCUAGUCGGCAAGGAAAGGGAGUGAAACCUGCACCCCUGAGGUUCUUAUCGCGUCAGUGUACAGCGGUGGGGAAGCCAUUCGGCAAACAAGAGGCAACUGUUCGUGGACGUCGAAUAUCCUUAUCAGUAACGAGACGCGUGUGCAAGCGGACAGUCGCCGAGUACGGAAAGACCGAAUAUAUCCGUGGUCAGUAAAGUGAGCCAAUUUUUCCAGCGUUUUUUAAACAUCGCUUUCAAGAAAUCCGUUGGAAAUGUGAACGAUUCCAACUGCACGGUUUUUAGCUACUACGAACCGAUCGUGAACCAUUUGGAAAAAUAAGAAGUGCCUUGGAUACAGCGUCGAGGGAGUGCCAGCGCCACGUUAUCAAACGGCAAUACAGGAAUUUCCGGACCCAUCGUCAACGUCGAGGUGGAUUAGCACCAGACACAUCUGCUCUGUGAUUAUCAACAACGAAACGGACGGUUUCUUGCCAAAUGUUUCAACUAAAUCAACUCAUCCGCAAUGUUUCAGGAUUUAAACCAGUGCUGCUCCAAAAUAUUACCAAACUGCGCCACUUCGGCACGAACCCGCGGGAAAAAUUGCGUCGCGUGCUCGUAGUAUCGAAGCUGACACGUCUCGAGUUCGAAAAAAUCCGUGAAGAGCGGCUGAGCGACGAAAGCUUGGAGCAGAUGAUCCGCGAUCGCGGCACCGACUACGAUGCGAUCAAGUACUACCACCAGCUGCACAAAACCGUCGAGGAGAAGGUGGUGCAAUCGUUCCGAGCGCACGGCAUCGAGGUGAAGGUGGUCAACCGGAUAACGAUCCACAAGGAUGCACUGCAGUGGGCCGAUCUGAUCGUGCCGGUGGGGGGCGAUGGUACGUUCCUGCUGGCGGCCGGCCGUGCCAGUCCGUUCUUUCUCUCGAACGGCAAGAAGACUCCCGUGGUAGGCUUUAAUUCUGAUCCUCGACGAUCCGAGGGUCGCCUGAUGCUGCCGAAGCAGUACUCGAAGCACGUUGGGGAAGCAAUAGAAAAGAUCAUCGGUAACGAUUUCCGGUGGAUGCAUAGGUCGCGAAUCCGCACGACACUCGUCGGCACGGACACGAACGUGCGACCCUCGCCGAUGGAUCUGCACGAGUUUCACUCGCAACCCGUCGAGCAUAAGGAAGUGAUGUCGACGGCACGGAACGGGAAAAGUCGAAUUUUACCCUACCUUGCGCUAAACGAGGUUUUUAUCGGUGAAAUGCUGUCGGCGCGAGUGUCCCACCUGCAUCUCCGCAUCGAUCAGUCGGAGCUGGUGACGAAAACGAAAAGUUCCGGGCUGUGCGUCAGUACCGGCACCGGUUCGACCUCUUGGUUGACCAGCAUGAACCGGCUGUCGACCAACAACGUAAAGGAUCUGAUGGAGAUCAUCAAAAGGCGUACGGCACCGGGGGCACUGGACAGCAUCGAUGCCGAGUCCGUGUCGCAGGAGUAUAACGACGAUUUAGUGUUCGCACCGGACGAUCCCAGGCUGUGCUACUCGAUUCGCGAACAGAUCUGUGUCGGGGUGUGGCCCAACCCGAAGGGGUUGGAAUCGCGCGGCUUUGCGAAGGAAAUCUUUGUCAAAUCGCGCUGUGUGGAUGCCAGUUUGGUGAUAGAUGGCAGUAUUGCUUAUAACUUCAACGACGGUGCCCGAGCCUUGCUGGAGGUUUACCCGGAAGAUUCCCUUCUAACCAUCGAUAUGGAUGACUGAUGCUUUUGCAAUCGUUUCUACAAAUGCCUGCAGGACUUAAAAACAUUGCACACACAAAAAACCGUUCCCCCCUUCGUUUUGUCCCGCGCCGGGCGAAUUGGUUUGGGUGCUUUCCAGAUUAUGUUUAUGUUUAAUUUUCUCCUGUUCACUCCCUGGCGCCACGUUCCGUACCGUAAAGUCCCGGGGAGGCCUGAUUUGUUUCGUUAUAAUCGUUUAUGCUCGCGGUUGGAUUAUGUUUUGUAAUUUAUUUGCGAAUUUGCACGGUUUAUGGUGCUGCUGACGGUGCAUUUAUUUAUCGAUCCUCUCCCAUGUUAUAGUACAUAACUGUAAGUAGAAAGUUUAAUAAAUUUUAUAUAAUG